UGCUGACAGUUACUACAUUUGACGUUGAUAGAAAUCAGUCCUUUAAAUUUAUUUUAGAGAAGAGUUGAGAAUAUAGACUUGCAUGUAAAUUAUUGAUAAAUUAAUUGGCCUUUUACUUUAAAUAUACACGUGUAAAUCUAUAAGUGGUCACGGAAACAUUCCUUUUAUUCGCCGGUUAACGUUAAAACAAAACAUAAACAAGUGCUUGGGACACGUAAGUGCUGUGAGUGUUGUUAUUAUUUAUUCGAACCGAAAAUAUGGACCGCUACAAACUAUUAGUGCUUGUUCUGUGUUUUUCGUUGACGACUACCGAUCCCGUUGGACCCGAAUCACGAAAGGACUCCGAGAAAAACGAAGAAGAUGAUGUCUCGAGUGAAGUUGAAGAAACGAAAGGGAAACCCGAUUCAGAGUACAUCAAAGAACUGACUGAUGCUAUGAAUAAAGAGAUACUGACGUUACAGGAGUAUGCUGAUGCUAUGAAGAGUCAGUCGUCAAAAGAUGAAACCAAUAAAGAAUCACACUUAGAACAAAUGGCAUAUACUUUAAAGCUUUUACAGAAAAGUCUUAAGAAGCACUCUGAACCAACUUGGCUUCCUAACCAAAAAGCAGAACUGUCUGUAAAUGAGAAAUCACUAGAGGAGAAUCCACAGGAUAUUCUGAACAGUCUACCACCAUUACCAGAAGAGACAGAACCAGAAUUAACUCCCGAAUUAAAAGAAGCCAAAGAAUUGUAUGAUGCUGCAGUAGCAAAACUAGAUCGUCGAACUUUGGAUGUCGAUGCUUCCAUCCUUCAGAUCAAGCAGGCAGCCGAAGUCGGAUAUGUGCCGGCUAAGAUCAAGCUAGCCUGGUCAUAUCUCUAUGGGGAGGGGGUCGAAAUAGAUUUCGAAAAAGCUAAGAGCAUAUUUGAAGAGUUGGCAGCCGAAGGGAAUGCUGAUGCCCAUGCGGGCAUGGGCUUCUUAUACGCAACAGGCAUCGGAGUUCCAGUGUCGCAGGCAAAAGCCGUGGUGCAUUACACUAUUGGUGCGAUAGGUGAUAGCUCGUACGCACAGAUGGCGCUGGCGUAUCGAUACUGGAGCGGUCACACGGUGCAGAGCUCAUGUCCGAAAGCAAUGGAUCUAUACAUGAAGGUGGCUGCCAAAGUGGCAAGUAAAAUGACAUUGAACGGAGGCCCGGCCAUACAUCGCACGCGGCUCAUCGACGAGGUGGAGGGCGGCGGCGGAGCCCUAGACACGGAUCUCAUCGAGUACUACCAGCUCCUCGCCGAGAAGGGUGAUGUACAAGCACAGGUGGGUCUGGGGCAGUUACACUUCCAAGGAGGUCGCGGCGUGACCCUGGACAUCAACAAAGCGUAUCACUACUUCCAACAGGCGGCCAAGACGGGAAAUGCUGUGGCGCACGCUUUCCUUGGAAAGAUUUAUUUAGAAGGCGGAGACGGCAUAGUGGCAGACAACGACACGGCAUUCAAGUACUUCAAGAAGGCGGCUGAACUGAACAACCCUGUGGGCCAAAGCGGACUAGGGUUGAUGUAUUUACAGGGCCGCGGCGUUCCCAAGGACACGACGGCCGCGUUCAAGUACUUCACGAUGGCCGCCAACCAGGGCUGGGUCGAGGGGCAGUUCCAUCUGGGCUUCAUGUACUUCGGGGGCAUCGGCGUGCGGCGCGACUUCAAGCAGGCCAACAAGUACUUCUCGCACGCGUCGCAGUCCGGCCACGUGCUGGCGCUGCACCAGCUCGCGCUCAUGCACGCUCACGGGCUCGGCGUGCUCAAGUCCUGCACCACGGCCGUAGAGCUGCUGAAGAGCGUGUGCGAGCGCGGGCGGUGGGGCGCGCGGCUGCAGGCGGCGCACGGCGCGUGGCGCGCGCACUCCCCGCACCGCGCCUUCCUGCAGUACGCCGCGCUGGCCGAGCGGGGCUACGAGGUCGCGCAGACCAACGCCGCCUACCUGCUCGACAACGGCGACGUCCGGCUGUUCCCGGAGGCGGAGCGCCACGUCCGCGCGCUGCAGCUGUGGGGCCGCGCCGCCACGCAGGGCUGCAGCGCCGCCAGGGUUAAGCUCGGGGACUACCAUUACUACGGGCUCGGGACCCCACAGGAUCUGGAGGCGGCCGCUCAUCAUUACAGGGUAGCAUCAGAGCAGCUGCACAACGCGCAGGCGACCUUCAACCUGGGCUACAUGCACGAGCGCGGCCUGGGACUAGCCAAGGACGCGCACCUCGCCAAGCGGUGCUACGACCUCGCCGCCGACACCGCGCCCGACGCCCGCCUCCCCGCCGCCCUCGCCCUCGCCGCCCUGCACACGCGCCUCGCGCUGCAGGACCUCGCCGCUGUACGUAUGUCCCGCCACCGCACCCACACAGCGCUGCACGACCUCGCCGCCGACACCGCGCCCGACGCCCGCCUCCCCGCCGCCCUCGCCCUCGCCGCCCUGCACACGCGCCUCGCGCUGCAGGACCUCGCCGCUGUACGUAUGUCCCGCCACCGCACCCACACAGCGCUGCACGACCUCGCCGCCGACACCGCGCCCGACGCCCGCCUCCCCGCCGCCCUCGCCCUCGCCGCCCUGCACACGCGCCUCGCGCUGCAGGACCUCGCCGCUGUACGUAUGUCCCGCCACCGCACCCACACAGCGCUGCACGACCUCGCCGCCGACACCGCGCCCGACGCCCGCCUCCCCGCCGCCCUCGCCCUCGCCGCCCUGCACACGCGCCUCGCGCUGCAGGACCUCGCCGCUGUACGUAUGUCCCGCCACCGCACCCACACAGCGCUGCACGACCUCGCCGCCGACACCGCGCCCGACGCCCGCCUCCCCGCCGCCCUCGCCCUCGCCGCCCUGCACACGCGCCUCGCGCUGCAGGACCUCGCCGCUGUACGUAUGUCCCGCCACCGCACCCACACAGCGCUGCACGACCUCGCCGCCGACACCGCGCCCGACGCCCGCCUCCCCGCCGCCCUCGCCCUCGCCGCCCUGCACACGCGCCUCGCGCUGCAGGACCUCGCCGCUGUACGUAUGUCCCGCCACCGCACCCACACAGCGCUGCACGACCUCGCCGCCGACACCGCGCCCGACGCCCGCCUCCCCGCCGCCCUCGCCCUCGCCGCCCUGCACACGCGCCUCGCGCUGCAGGACCUCGCCGCUGUACGUAUGUCCCGCCACCGCACCCACACAGCGCUGCACGACCUCGCCGCCGACACCGCGCCCGACGCCCGCCUCCCCGCCGCCCUCGCCCUCGCCGCCCUGCACACGCGCCUCGCGCUGCAGGACCUCGCCGCUUACAUAUUGCAGAGUCCACUCGCGAUGAUCUUCAUAACCGGAGACGAGUCCGCUCUCCUGUACAACUGGGACCUGUACGUGAUCACCACACUGCUCGGGAUGCUGGGAGUGGUCAUGUACAUGAGGAGACCACAGCAGCAACAGCAACAGCAGCAGGCCGCGAAUUAAAUCGAUUCCAUCAGUGAAAUCGUCAUGAGAAUUGUGUUCGAUUAUACUACCAAUCUUUAAUACACCACAAACUUUAUUUCAUUCGUUUUUUUUACUUAAUGGUAAUAAAAAAUAUUUUUGUUUUCACUAAUGGCAAUAAAAAUGAAAAUAAACACAAAUCAUAUCUCGUCAUCAUAGACGGUAAAUACUUUGUUGAGAUCGUGCGAAUAAUCGAUUUGUAUAAAAUAUCGAUAAACAUCGAUUAAAUGUCGAACAGACCGCACUAGUACAAUUUUUAAAUACCAAUCGUUGACUCCAUUUAUUUAUUUUUCUAUAGAAAACUGUGAAAAUCGAUUUGCAAUUUAUAAAGUUUCUAUUGGUUUGUUUAGUAGUUGUCUUAUUCUUUGUUAAACCGAUAAUUUUUGUUUUGUUUAUUGUAAUCAUAAAAUUACAUCUCACACGAAUGAUUUUUUGAUUGAUUGACGAAUUUUUUUUUUUGUAGCGGUAUUUUUGUGUUAUUACGUUGUUAAAAUCAAUUCAGUAAUAUUAUAAUGUGCCGUAAGUAUUAAGUAUGUCUGCUCGCCCACCAUACAACCAUAAGGCGCUUUUCUUAAAUGGUUCUGUAAAAUGUAAAAAUACUGGUUGUUUUUUUUUUUUUUUUUCAAAUUAAGUGGCGCGUUGUGGUUUGCCAUCUACAUAAAUCAUUUUCAAUUACAGUAACCAUAAAUGCUGCAAAGUUAUUCAGUCUUUACGAUUUAAAACCUUAAUAAAUAAAUAAAUAUAGCCCUUGUAGGCAGACGAGCGUACGGCACACCUGAUGGCGAGUGGUCACCGUCGCUUAUAGAAUUUCAAAUAUUUAAAAAAAAAGAUUAUUUUUAUGCACACCAAAGCUAUUUUCGAAUUAAGCUUAAAUAAUAGUUUUUAUAAUUUUGUAUGUGAUAAAUUUCACGGACAUUUGAUUAGACUUUAUAAAGAAAGUUCAUCAUCACGUUAAUUCAUUUCAAAUUUCAAUAUCAAAAAAUUUGGUUCACAUUCGGCAAAUUCAUUGCUCUGGUUGUAUGUAGAUCGAUUGUAUAUAAAUGACAAAUAUGUGAUCAUAAUGAAUAGUAAAUAGGGAAAGCUAUUAAUAUAAUGUUGAUUGAAAA